AUGGAUAUGAGCCAGGUCUCUGAAUUGGCAAGAGCCCUCAUGGACUCCUGGUCGUCUGCCAGCGGGGCAGAGCUCAUGGCAAAUCCACAGACUCUCGGCGUUCAAUCUCCUGAGCAGAUAAACAAGGUCUUCGGGAAUGCAAUCAAACAAGAAUUUCCUAGCGAGUAUUCAGAGUUUCCAGGUGUUAUACCCGUGCAGGGUUAUAUGCAAGGGCAUGUUAAUCCUCAAGAGCAGGUGCCAAUGGAUGAUUACGACCCUUUAGAGUCUUUUCAGUUUUGGGACGGAGAGAACUUUUACUGCAAUCAAGAGUACGAUGCAUGCACAGGGAAUGCAUUGGGUAUGCAGACUGAUAGUGCGAUGCCCCCUCUGCAGGAAUACGUCGGCGACGACGAUAUAUCGCGAGACGAUGUGUUUCAGAUUAAGGAUUCUGAGCUAGUUCAUAAUCCCACGCUUGCAGAAUUGAAUUCUUGCAACGAAAACAUUUUCGAUUAUGUUGACGAUAACUUCUCGGCAGAGGACAAUUCUUUCCGUUUUGUAUCUGAAGGCCUGUCCAGAACAUUUGCUCCAGCCGAAACCCAUUUUGUGACGUCGCCGGUGAGUUGCAGCAUACCAAAUAACAGUUCCUUCGCAAGUGGCAUCAACUAUGUACCGUCUGGAUUUAUUGACAUCAAGCAAAACAUGCAGCCUUCUUUGUCCUCGAGUUGCCCGGUACCUUCUAGGUUUUUGCCAAAUCCGCAUUUUUUGAAUGCCUGUGAGGAGAAGUUCCUGUUGUGUCCUCAGAACAGUCCCGCUUCGGAAUCCUUUUACGCUCCAAGGAUGGAACAGUUGGACAGUAAAAGCCACAUUUCUGUAAAUAACUGUGGCGUCACUUCUCCAACUCUUUUAAAUCAGAGCAGAUUUCAGGAAAAUAAUCUCCUCUCUUCUUCUGCGCCCCCUGAUGUGACUAUGGCAUCUUUUGUCAGCAAAAUCAAAGUCGAACCUCCUUCCCAUUCGCCUGGACCCAGAAGCGUGACUGAAAGGUCACUGAGUGGAUUUUCUUCCUUAUCUUUGUCUAAUGAUGAUGAAAGUGGAAGUUUUCUGGACGAUUCCGAUCACGACGAUGAAGAUGACUUUUCUUCUGAUGAAGAUGUAUAUCAUUAUGAAAGUGAUGAAGGCCUAUCCUCCAGCUGGCCUUCGGGAAAAGAUGAGAAGUCCUGCCAGCACCGAAAACAUCGCUAUUUCUGGCAGUAUAACCUACAGUCCCGUGGUGCAAAGACCCAAAACAUUCUCCCUAAAGAUAAAUCUGAUCCUCAUCAGUUGCACGAUCCCUUCGAUCCUGUUUUUUCGGAAGAAUGCGCUUUGCCUGUGAAACAUUCUGGUAAAGCUAGAAGAGGAGAUGGAAAUGAUUUGACGCCUAACCCUUGCAAGCUAUUUAAUAUAGGCUUGGAACUUAAAAAACUGAAUAGACUGAUCUAUAACAUUAAUCCAAGUGAACAUGGGAAUGGAAAGCCAUUGUCAAGGAAGGAAAAGAAUAAACUUGCUUCCAGAGUCUGCAGGCUAAAAAAGAAAGCCCAACAUGAAGCAAACAAAAUCAAGCUUUAUGGACUACAGCAGGAACAUAAGAAGCUUCUCAGCAUCUUACUCGAAACUCGUGAAGUUUUGAGAUACAAGAUUGAAAAUCUUCAUGACAAAAAGGUGUCCAACUGCUCUAAAAAGAUUGCUACCUUUUUGGCGACUAAUGAACCUCACAAAGUUGCUGGGAAUACUGCUGUAUUUGUGAAUGAAGUUCUGGAAAGAGUUGCCAAAGGGGAAUGUGAUGGCGGUUUAGGACAAUUGAGUUAA